CCAACGGAUAUCGUUUUUAUCCGUUGGCUUUAUCCUGCCGAGAAACCUACCCAUUAUAUGAUAAAAAAUAUAUCAUAUACAUGAUAUUAGGACGUGAUGUUGCAUUGAAAAUAGGAGAUUGGCAUAAAUUGGCAUAAAUUGUUGGUAACAGAUGCUAACAAACCACGUGCAACUAGUUAUUAACCACAGGGGCACGGAUAAAGGUAAGCCUAUUUCAAGUAACUCUCCAUGUGCAUUGUAUUUUUGCUUCGUGCUGAUUAAUUACAUCAGGUCCAUUGUUCCAUUGUUGUUAUUGUUUGUGAAAUGCCCAUUAGCGCUGUGCCAUCAUUGUCAUAAGUAACCGUUUGAUAUGACGUCACAAACGGUUUUAUGAGAGGUCGUUCCAACACUAUACUGAGUGGACUCCACGUUUGGCGAGAGAUGAAACAGUACAAGCUUAAGUGACACUAUUAACAUUUUUCAUGAAUUACAGACCAAAGAUGUUAGGCAUUGGCGUUUCAAUUGACAUUCGUUAGCUACACACUGGCAGCGUUAGAGAAACGAGAUGUAAGCCACGAAGCUGUGCCAUGGAGCCAUGCCUCGAAUCCUGUGGCAAGGAUGCCAGCUACACUGAAUUGAGCGCUGUAUGUGGAUCCCUAUAUUUCCUGGCAAGUUAAUGCAACUGUAGAUGAUACUGGUAUUCUCCAGCAACGAUCGACGUGGGUUCAGUUUCUUCAUGAUUGACGUGACAUUAGGCCAGAAACCCUCGAGAACCUGUUGUCAAAUGCAUCUAACAGUACCUCAGGACAGUUCAAUACAUGUGUUCCAAGUGCAUAAUGAAUCAUUGCGUCUAAGCUUGUGUUGACUUUACACAUAAACAUGCUAGUGUCACUUAAACAAAAUUGGUGCCGUUUACAAUAUGGUGUGGCAUUUAUAGUAAUUAAGUCAGUUUAAUAGUAAUUUGAAUAAUUUGUGUUGAAACAUCGAUGCAGUUUUUAUCUGACUGUAUUAAUGUGGUUUGUUUUUUAGAAGUUAUCUAAUGAUGGAUAAUUUAUUCAUAAAGUAUUUAAGUGUUCUUAUCUAUCUGUUCGUGAAUGUCUGUCAUGCGGAUCUAUCUAUACGUUUAUAACUGAACACAGCUCAACAGCUGGGGACAUAGUUAGACACUUGCUGGUCGUAUCGUACCUUGCCAGCGGCUGGUUCCAGCAGUGAAGGCCAGAGGACACCAUUGAGGAAUAUUCACAAGGAGAACAUGUCGGGUAGACACAUGGAUGCCAGGCACAAUUACAACCUUCGGAGGACCAUGACACCGAAACAAAUCGCAGACAUGUUUAACGACUUCGCCGACGACUAUGAAGAGGAUACGAAAGUGUUAGGACUCUGCUCCCACCUACGUAUUGGCGAGUACAUGGCUGAAACCUACCCGGAACACCUACGGGCAGCUCUCCAAGUACUGGACGUUGGUGCCGGAACAGGAUAUGUCGGGGAAACGCUGUCCGAGUUGGGUUUUAAGCGAAUUGAUGCACUGGACCCAGCACAAAAAAUGCUUGAUGUUGCGAAAACUAAAAAAGUCUACAGAAGAUUGAUCUGCGCCUUCCUGAACAAGAACAGGAUUGAUGAAAUUGAGACAGACCAAUAUGAUUGCAUCACUACUGCAGGGGCGUUUAAUGAAGGUCUCAUUCCUGUCAGUGCAUUCCAGGAGAUGAUCAGAAUCGUCAAGCCAGUCUUGAACACAAUGACUGUCGAUGAUGCGACCAAGGAUGAUGAUGUAGUUAGGAUGAUGCCUUCAUCUCACAAACCUGAUGCUGGUUGUCUGGCUAGGUUAACAGACCUAUUGCUAGUUGUCUAG